CUAUACCCUCUCUCUCUCCUCCCUUUUGCCAUUCAGUCUCAAAGUAAGGGAAGGGAAGCCUGAAAGCCCAACCAAACCAAUCCCAUCUCUCUCUCUCUCUCUCUCUCUCUCCAAAGGCAGGCAUCCAAAACCCAACCAGGGAUGGAGGAGGUUACGCAAGAACUAGAGAGAGAAAGUGUUAAAACAAGCAGGCAUUUAUUUCCUUCUUGUUUUGUUGGGAGUGUGUGAUCAAGCCCAGCCAGAGAGCCCCCUCCUCCUUCCUAUAUUAGCCUCCCUUCCUUUGCAGCAGCAACAAAGCUGUCCCUUUCCUUCUGCCUCCGGUCUCCGCCUCCGCUCUCCAUCUCUCCGGGAAAAGCCUUGGCCGCCCCCGCAUGGCUCACGAGAUGGCCACCUUCUUCGGCGGGGCGCCGCCGGCGACGGCGGCGGCGGCGGCUCUGGCUCCGUUCCGCGAGGACCAGCGGCACCAGGACGCCGGCGAGGAGGUGUACCACGUCGACGACGUGGAGGACGGCGGCGCCGGCCAUGGACACGGCGGCGGCGGCGGGCAGGGGAAGCUCUGCGCUAGGGGCCACUGGCGCCCCGCCGAGGACGCCAAGCUCAAGGAGCUCGUCGCGCAGUACGGCCCCCAGAACUGGAACCUCAUCGCCGAGAAGCUCGAUGGCCGAUCAGGGAAGAGCUGCCGGCUGCGGUGGUUCAACCAGCUGGACCCGCGGAUCAACCGGCGGGCCUUCUCCGAGGAGGAGGAGGAGCGCCUCCUGGCGGCGCACCGCGCCUACGGCAACAGGUGGGCCCUCAUCGCCCGCCUCUUCCCGGGGCGCACCGACAACGCCGUCAAGAACCACUGGCACGUCCUCAUGGCGCGCCGGCAGCGCGAGCAGUCCGGCGCGCUCCGCCGCCGCAAGGCGUCCUCGUCGUCCUCGUCCUCGCCGGGCCCCGCGCCGCCGCAGCACUACGCGCCCGUCGUCGUCCUGCACCACCACCACUACGCCGGCCCCAAUCCGCUGCCGUUCCGCGCCGGCGCGCACGGCGUCGCCGCGGAGGCGGUGCCCGCGCCGGCGGCGGACACCCGCGCGUACAGCGGCGCCGAGUCCGAGGAGUCGGCGUCCACCUGCACCACCGACCUCUCCCUCGGCUCCGCCGGCGCCGCCGUCCCCUGCUUCCACCAGAGCACGUACAGCGGCUUCGAUGCGGCCCCGCGCGCCGCCGCGUUCGCGCCGAGCGCGCGCUCCGCCUUCUCCGCGCCGUCGGCGGCGCGCCGCCGGGAGGCUCCUCCCUCCGACGACAAGGUGGCGCUGCCGUUCUUCGACUUCCUGGGCGUGGGCGCGACAUGAUCGGUGCCCCCCGACGGACGGCGGGUGUACAGGAGGCGGUCGAAGACGAGAGCCCCGGUGACGAGGACAACCCGUGCUUAGCUUAGCUUAGGUUAAGAAGUUAAUCAUCAUCAAGAACGAGGCUAGGGGAGAAGAAUGGUGAUCGAUUCGUGUCGUCUGGUUGUGGCGGUGGACAUUGCUGACUCGCACACGUCAGUUUUGCUUCUGCUGCUGCUGAUGACGAUGACUCUGCUUGGGAAACGAGUUGCAACCAACAAGCAGGUGAGAUGAGAUUAGAUGAGAUUGUCCAAUGUUCAUGCCCCGGUUGUGAAUGGUUGGAUGCAAAAGGAACCGCUUGUAAGUCGUAACACAAACCGCAAGGGAAAGGCAGAUCAGAUACUCUGCCGCCUCUCUUUUACCCUGUCUCCCUCUCUUCUUUUCAUGCUCUGUUCUGUUAAUUUUUUUUCCAUUUUCUUUUUCUCCCCUUCUCUAGUUCUCUUCCCUUCGUAUGAAGAAAAAGAAGAUGAUGAUGCUGAACAACAAGAACCAA